GCGGAAACGGGAAGGCGCCAUUUCAUUGCGGAGUUGUGCAGUGGUCCUUCGGCGGAAGUGCAGCGUCAACUGUCGUGGAAAAAUUGGAUUGUAGUAACACUCCGCCUUGUGUCCGAUGGAAGCGGCCGUCAACCUGCAUCACGACAGCUCUCUGGUCGGGUUGUCCAGUGGCGAAAUGGACCAACACAGCGGUUCGGGCAAACGCAUUCGCAAGCCCUCCCUGCUUUACGAGGACUUUGAGAGCCCGUCUCUGGCGCACACGAUGCCUCAGGGUCCUCCCGUCCCGCCACAGCCGCCGGUGAAGGACGCCAGCCGGCCGGGCCGCAUGACCAACCAGCUCCAGUUUCUCCAGAGGACCCUGAUGAAGUACCUGUGGAGGCAUCAGUUUGCCUGGCCCUUCCGCGAGCCGGUAGAUGCCUACAGGCUGAGUCUACCGGAUUACCAUAAAAUUAUCAAGCAACCCAUGGACAUGGGGACCAUCAAAAAGCGCCUGGAGAACGGCUUCUACCGCAGUGCAAGCGAGUGCAUACAGGACUUCAACACUAUGUUCACCAACUGCUACAUCUACAACAAGCCAACAGAUGACAUUGUGCUGAUGGCUCAGCCCUUGGAGAAGAUCUUUCUCCAAAAAGUGGCUCAGAUGCCCCAGGAUGAAGUGGAGCUGCCUCCUCCAGCCCCGCGAAGCAAGAACAGCAGAGGAAGAGGACGCAAAUCUAGCUCGAGGGCUCAGCAGGUGCCGGCAGUGUCCCAGUCGGCCUACUCCCCGUCUUCCUCGGACACCGGGGAGUCCAUGCUGGCCAACUCUCCCCAGACGGUGCUGACCAAAAGCCUGCCCCCGGCCAACAUCAUGGGCCUGCCUCCCACUCAGCCCACGACCAAGAAAAAAGGUGUCAAACGUAAAGCAGACACCACCACCCCCUCCACCAUGGGCUUGACUGUUGGCAUGUCGGGACCAACGCACAUGGUGGGCUUGGGGAAAGGAGGUCACGGGGGCCAGGUCCACGACACCUCCAUGCACACCAUCUCCUCCAUGGGGAGCAUGGGCUUGGAGACCCCCCCCGGGAUGGGCCUGGUCAGGAGCGCCGGAGGUCCCGUCCUGCUCCAGCCAAUGAUGGCGGGCGGCGGGCGCCGAGUGGGCAGCGGACGCCCCAUCAAGCCCCCCAAGAAGGACCUGCCUGACUCCGUCCACGCUCAGCCCUCCAAGAAGGGCAAGCUGAGCCCCCAGCUGCGCUACUGCAGCGGCCUGCUGAAGGACAUGUUGUCGAAGAAGCACGCCGCGUACGCCUGGCCGUUCUACACCCCCGUGGACGCGGCGGCGCUGGGGCUCCACGACUAUCAUGACAUCAUCAAGUGCCCCAUGGACCUCAGCAACAUCAAGAGGAAGAUGGACGGCCGUGAGUACAGGGACGCGCAACAGUUCGCCAGCGACGUCCGAGUCAUGUUCUCCAACUGCUACAAGUACAACCCGCCGGACCACGACGUCGUGGGCAUGGCGCGAAAGCUGCAGGAUGUGUUCGAGUUCCGCUUCGCCAAGAUGCCGGACGAGCCGCGCGCCGAUCACACCGCCGCGUCCCUGGGUGGCCACCCGGCGCCGACGACGACGACGUCGUCCUCCUCCUCGUCCUCUUCGUCCUCCUCGUCCUCCUCCUCGUCGCCCACCUCCGACAGCGAGCCCAGCAGCGAGAGCGAGGAGAGCGAGAGCAGCCCCAACUCGGACAGCGAGGAGGAGCGAGCGCAUCGCCUGGCGGAGUUACAGGACCAGGUGUGCACACAACUCAGAGCCAUGCACGAGCAGCUGGCGGCCCUCUCCCAAGGCCCCAUCAUCAAGGCCAAGAAGAAGAAGGACAAGAAGGAGAAGAAGGACAAGAAGGAGAAGGAGAAGAAGAAGAAGAAGAAGAAGCUGGAGAAGCGAAGUCGGGCCGUCCGGAGCAGAGCCGACUCCGAGGAAUGGAAGAUGCCCGGCAAGGUCCCGAAGAGCAAGUCCGCCAGAGCAAAUGUGCCCCCCCCCAAGAAGAGCCAGGGGAAGAAGAGUAACAAGAAUGUCAAGGCCACAAAGAAGCCGUUCUACCCGCCUCCGCCCACCUCCAUGCUGCCGCACUACGACUCGGAGGAGGAGGAGGAGAUCGUGCCCAUGUCGUACGACGAGAAGCGCCAGCUGAGCCUCGACAUCAACAAGCUGCCGGGGGAGAAGCUGGGCCGCGUGGUCCACAUCAUCCAGUCGCGGGAGCCGUCGCUCAGGGACACCAACCCUGAGGAGAUCGAGAUCGACUUCGAGAUGCUCAAGCCGUCGACUCUGAAGGAGCUGGAGCGCUACGUCAUGACCUGUCUGAGGAAGAAGCCCCGCAAGCCGUACGGCGGAGAAGCCGCAGCCGGGACGAAAGGCGGCGUCGGCAAGUCUAAAGAGGAGCUGGCUCUGGAGAAGAGGAUGGAGCUGGAGAGGAGGCUGCAGGACGUCAGCGGGCAGCUCAACUCCGUCAAGAAACCCGGCAAACCCAAAGCGGAGAAGCCCAGCGCCGCAGAGACCCACACGCAGCCCUCGCACCUCAGCGGCAGCAGCUCCAGCUCCGACUCCUCUUCCUCCUCCUCCUCCUCCUCCUCCUCCUCCUCGUCCUCCGACACCAGCGAUUCGGACUCUGGCUGAAGAUUCCUCGGGGCUCGGGGGCUGAGAGAGAGAGAACCUGCUGGUAACUCAGGGACUUGGGCUGGCCCAGGACACGACACGCCCCGAAGCAGGAGUGAGAUCUUAGACGCCAUGACGGUGGGGGUGGGG